AUGUCGAAUAACGGAGUGGUGCCGGGUGUGUGGGUCAUCGUUAAUAGCGAGCUGAAGUCGGAAGAGUCGAUAGCUCGGUGGGUUGGGAUCGGAUCCACUGAUCGGCUGAUGAAAGUGUCUGGUGAUCAGGGUGCGUAUUCGAUUCUGGAAGGUACCCGGGUAACCCCAGACGUAAGAGCGCAUCGACUGAUCACCCAGCUGUCCCAUCAGAUAUCAGCAACGCAGCUUGGCUUGAAGGAGAUUUCCCGUGACGACGUCGCACUGAAUGCGUUGGCAAACAACAUCAACGAGUUUCGCUAUGCUCCUGAAGAAGGGUGCACGUUCGACUCUUGGUACGCCCGUUACUCGGAAUUGUUCGACCAGGAUGCCAAGAAGCUUGACGAUUCCGCAAAAGUCCGACUGCUGAUGAGGAAACUCAACCCAGCGGCACACGAGCGAUACACGAUCUUCAUUCUUCCGAAGCAAUCAAACGAGUUCACGUUCAGUGAAAUCGUCGAGAAGUUGAAGUUGCUUUUCGGAUCACCUGUCUCCAUCUUUCACCGACGGUACCAGUGUCUGCAAACCGUCAAGGAUGACACGGAGGACAUCGUAGCGUACUCGUGCAAGGCGAACCGCGCCUGUGUGGACUUUAAAAUUGCCGAACUGUCCGAGGAGCAAUUCAAAAGCCUCAUCUUUCUCUGCGGCCUCAAGUCAUCGAAGGAUUCCGAUAUUCGGAUGCGGCUGAUCACGAAGCUCAACGAAUCGUCCGAUAUCACCCUAACGAAGAUUUUGGAGGACUGCAGAAGCCUGAUGAACCUCAAAAACGACAACGUACUGGUGGAAAAACAAUCUUCGUCAAGUGUGCAUGCUAGUACAUGCAAGUACAACAACAAGUAG